AUGGGAAAGGCUCAAGAUCUGCAACCCCACAUCAUAGUUAAAGGAGGUGAAGAAGUUAAUACACUGGAGUUUGAGAAAAUCACUCACCAAGCAACAAUAUCUCAGCUCAAAGAUUUUACAUGGUGCGUUCGUAUGGCCAUCUAUACACUCUUUGUCCUCUCUGGCCAAUCAGCAGCUGUACUCUUGGGACGACUGUACUAUAAAUUUAUACGAGUCCUCCUCACCAUCUCCUCCACCCUUCUUGUGUUCCAAGCCGGUGACUCUGCAGACGAUCCAAUUGGAGGCUCGAAAACAAAGUAUGUGAUUGGGUUUCUAUGCACGGUUGGGGCAUCAGCCGGAUAUGGAUUAGUGCUUUCUCUAACACAGCUUGUCUUCCGAGAAGUUAUAAGAAAGGAGACAUUUGCAGUGAUCUUGGAUAUGAUAGUGUAUCAAUCUCUAGUUGCAACCUGUGCUGUCUUGGUGGGACUUUUCGCCAGUGGAGAGUGGAGGGGUUUAAGGAAAGAGAUGGAGGGGUUUGAAUUAGGGAAGGUAUCUUAUGUCAUGAACCUGACAUGGUCAGCUAUAAUAUGGCAGCUCUAUGCUAUUGGUACAGUAGGGUUGAUUUUUGAGGCCUCUUCUCUCUUCUCCAAUGCCAUAAGUGUUGUGGGUUUGCCUGUUGUUCCAGUUCUAGCUGUGAUAUUCUUCCAUGACAAAAUGGAUGGGAUUAAGGCAAUGGCCAUGGUUUUGGGCACUUGGGGCUUUAUUUCAUAUGUUUAUCAGCACUACCUUGAUGACCGCAAGUCCAAGACAGGGAGCAACAAUGCCACUGGUGAAGUUUCUAAAGCUUUCCCACUGGAGAACAUCAACGGUUAG